AUGUUUCGUGCUGCUCUGUUCUUGUUCCUAGCAGCUGCAGCAGAAGUGAAGUGUGAGCAGCUGACACAGCCAGUCUCUGUGACUGUGCAGCCGGGUCAACCUCUGACCAUCAGCUGUCAGGUCUCUUAUUCUGUUACCAGCUACUGGACAGCUUGGAUCAGACAGUCUGCAGGGAAAGGACUGGAAUGGAUUGGAGAUGCAAAAGGAUCUUCAACAGAUUACAAAGAUUCUCUCAGAAACAAGUUUAGCAUUUCCACAGAAUCCUCCAGUAACACAGUGACUCUGAAAGGACAGAAUUUGCAGCCUGAAGACACUGCUGUGUAUUACUGUGCGAGACUCCACAGUGACUACUUCGACUACUGGGGGAAAGGAACACAAGUCACAGUGACUUCUGCCAUUCAGAGUGCUCCUACUGUGUUUCCUCUGGCUCCAUGUGGUUCUGGUGGUAGUGACAUGGUCACCCUCGGCUGCCUUGCCACCGGUUUCAAUCCCUCUUCCAUCACCUUCUCAUGGGAAAAAGGCAGUACUGCUUUGAACAACGUCAUCCAGUACCCUUCAAUCCAGAAAGGCAAUGAAUACAUGGGAAUCAGUCAGGUUCAAGUCAGCAGACAAGACUGGGAAGCAAAACAAUCCUUCAAAUGCAUUGCAAAUCACCCUGCAGGACAACGACAUGCUUCAAUCAUGAUACAAACUUUACGGAUGAUCCCCCCAAAACUCACCUUGUACCCUGUUUGGGAUGGAGAAGUCAAGAUUUCAGAUGUCAGACUUAUCUGUGCUUUGAGUGACUAUUUUCCCAAGGACAUAUCUGUGCAGUGGUACAAAGAGGAGCAGCUUUUAACAAGCAAACAAACUGUGAGAAAUUUUAUAAGUGCAAAUGAGGAGAACACAACCUACAGUCAAACCACAGAGAUCAUUCCAGAAAAGGAAGAAUGGAUGAAAGGAUCAAUGUUUAGAUGCAAGUCUACUCACAUCGCCAAAAAUUUGACAGAAACAAUAAACAUUUGUCAGAUCUAUGGAAAAGACUCUCCUCCCAUUUAUAUGGAGAUCCCAAAUUUCCUGAAAGUAAUGACAGAGUCUGAAGUGGAAGCAAAGUGUUCCAUCUACACUGCGCUUAAUGCAAAACUGACCUGGGUAAUGGACGGGGUUCCAGUAGAGGAUGCAACAUAUUUUCUUCUAACAAGAAACGAAACGUUUGUGAGCACUACCCUGAAGGUUCCAUCAGAGACAUGGGCAAAGAAGAAACAAAUUCAGUGUAAAGCUGAACAUCUGUGUUUCUCAGCUACGAAGACCAUGAAUAUUUCAGGGCCUUCAGUUGGACGUCCACAAGUGGAGAUCAGAAGGUCCUUGUCAAAGCUGCUGAAGGGAGAAAGUGCCGUUUUCCAGUGUGACGUGUCACAGCUCUCCCCUCAGGAUCUCUUUAUUACAUUUCAAGUGAACGGAGCUGCCACUUUGCAAAAGGAUUAUAUAGAUCUUCCUGAAGAAUCCGGCCCUUAUUCAGUCAGUAGAAGUUUCUCUGUUCCUACAGAGUCCUGGAAAAUUGACACAAAUGUCUCGUGCAGCGUGAACCAAGGCUUCUCCAGCAGUACCUUCAAGUCAAAUUUGAUGAGCAGAAUUUUUGUGAACCCCUCUGUGGAACUCCUGUUGGUCCCAAGUGGAGCAUCAGGUCAACAAACGCUCUUGUGUUCUGGAUGGGGCUUCGACCCACAGAUUGAAUGGUUUAAUGGCUACAUGCAAAUAAAAACAACAAAUCAUGACAUCAGCAUGGAUGCGAAUGGACUUGUUGCCGUGACAAGUCAACUGAAAGUUGCUCAGACAGAGUGGAAAUCAGGAAAGGCCUUCACAUGUAAAGUGUCUGACAAAUCUCUUAGUGCAGAGGUCAGAAAGGAAAUCAGUGUCUGCUCAGCUUGUUCAAGCCCUCCUCCAAACAUUCAAUUGGAGAUUCCAAACUCUAAUACAGUGACGACAGGAUCUGUGAAAGUUACAUGUUUGGUUCACACUGCUUUUCAUGCCAAAGUCACUUGGCUGCUAAAUGGAAAUAUUCAUGAAGGACGUUCAAGGACUCAACUUCGAAACGAGACACAUUUAGUCGUUGAUGUGAGAGUUCCUUUAGCAAAGUGGAGCCAACUGAAGACCAUAACAUGCAGAGUAGAACAUGCAUGUUUUUCACCCACCGAAAAGACAGCAAAAGUAGCAGGGCCUUCAGUUGGACGUCCACAGGUGGAGAUCAGAAGGUCCUUGUCAAAGCUGCUGAAGGGAGAAAGUGCCGUUUUCCAGUGUGACGUGUCACAGCUCUCCCCGCAGGAUCUCUUUAUUACAUUUCAAGUGAACGGAGCUGACACUUUGCAAAAGGAUUAUAUAGAUCUUCCUGAAGAAUCCGGCCCUUAUUCAGUCAGUAGAAGUUUCUCUGUUCCUACAAAGUCCUGGAAAAUUGACACAAAUGUCUCAUGCAGAGUGAACCAAGGCAGCAGUACCUUCAAGUCAAAUUUGAUGAGCAGAAUUUUUGUGGAACCCUCAGUGGAAGUUCAUCCUGUUCCCAGUGAAGGAUCUGAGCAACAAAUAUUAGCGUGUUCCGGAUGGGGCUUCAACCCAAACAUCAAAUGGUUUAACAGGUCAAAGGAAAUAAACCCAUCAAAUUCAGACACCAGUAUGAAUAACAAUGGUCAUGUUGCUGUGAUGAGUCAACUGCAUGUUGAUCAUGCAGAGUGGAAAAGAGGAGUGGUUUUUACAUGUGAAGUGUCUGACAGUUCUCUAAGGAAAAAUGUCAAAAAGGAUAUCAGUAUCUGUUCAGUUACGCCAAAGUCUUCUCAUUCGGUUGGAGUCUAUAUUCAGAGACCUAAACUAGAGGAGCUACAAAAGAGGGGACGGGUGACUGUUACAUGUCUUUUUGUUGGGACUAGUCUUUGUGAUUUCUCAAUAAACUGGAAAGUAGGUGACCAGGAAGCUUCCCCAAGUAAUAUCAAUAUGGAAAUACCUGUGAGUCACAACAAUGGAACGGAAACUUUGCACAGCUCGCUCUAUGUGUCAGCAGAGGACUGGCACUCAAAUAAGCAAGUGUCUUGCGAGGGAAAACAUCUGUGUUCCAACAAAAGUUAUGAAGACUAUAUCAGAAAAAGUACAGAUCUGUACCGGCCAGUUCUGAGGAUAAUGGAGCCAACUUUUGAUGAGUUGUAUAAAUCUGACAGCAUCAUCCUUACUUGCUUAGUUUCAGCAUUUUUUCCAUCUGACAUCAUUGUUCAGUGGAGAGAAAAUGGCCAACAACUCCCAGCAUCUCUCUAUGUUAACAGUCCUUCAUGGAAAGAACCAGGAAGACUCUAUUUUUCAAUGAGGAGCAGACUAAAUGUAACUAAGGCAGAGAACAAUAACUCAACUUACUCUUGUGUUGUCAGACAUGAAUCCUCUGAGUCUCCAUUUGAAACCAGCAUAAGUGACGUGUUUGCCUCUGUGAGCUUCACCAAACCCUCAGCCGUCUUGCUCCAGGGGGAGAACGAACUCAUGUGUCUGGUCUCGGGCUUCAACCCAAAAUCCAUCAAUAUCACUUGGUUCCGCAGCGAAACCACAGAGCUGUCGGACUACAACACGACCGAGCCCUACAUAGGCCCAGAUAGGAAAUUUAGAAUUCUUAGUCGCCUUCGCCUUGCACCGAUUGACACCUUACCUGGCGUGAUUAUCACCUGUCGGGUGACACAUGAAGGCACCACCAUCUCAGUAAACAUGUCCAAACCAGACACUCUGGAGAACUGUAACUUCUUUGAUACUAUCAAGGACAUUGAUGUGAGUCAAGAUGCACUGAAGGAAACCUGGUAUAUGGCAUUAACCUUCCUCUGCUUUUUCCUCUUCACCAUCAUAUUUUCUCUUGUUGUCCUCAUCAUUAAGACAAAAUAGUGACAAUCAGAAAACCGUUUUGCUUUUAUUGGAAGGAGAAAUUCUUACAUUCUUUUUGUUUGUUUGGUGUGCACAGAGUGGGUCAAUAUUUUUUUUGUUUUGUUUUGGUAUUUUUUUUCUCUUGUGUUCUUUUUUCUAGUUUAUAGCGAAUAUUUUUGGAGCGUUAUUGUGUUUCUCUUAUGCAUUUGGUGUGAGAUGUAACUGCUUUUAAGAUGAAUAAAAUGAAUGCUACCACA